AUGGUAUUUAUUUACAGCUUACUGAGAAAAUAUCGUGGCACGAAAUUCCCACAGCCUCAGACUGAACUGCUCGAUGAAGCCAACGAGGCAUUUGUAAAUCAUACCCAUUAUCUCAUGUUGACAUUGAAUGUGAAUUGGGUUAAUCUGUUUGAAGGCCGGACUUAUGCCGGUGGUGCUUUAUAUUUACUGAUCAGCAAUUUUUUCAGGGAAAACCAAAUGAAAGCAGAAAAUAUCAUCCUCUUUGGUGUCAUGCCUGGUCCAAAGGAAGCAGAGAAUAAUCAGAUGGGCAAUUUUCUGGAAAAUCUUGUUGAUGAGCUGGUAGAGUUGUACGGUGGUAUAACUGCGAAGGCUACCGAGUUCCCUAGUGGUACUGCUGUCCAUACUGCUAUAAUGCGUGUUACUUCCAACAUACCUGCUGCUAGAAAUGCUGCCGGAUUCACAUAA